CUUGUAUACAUAUAUAAAUAAUUGAAAAAAAUGCUUAUAUUUAAACUUCUACAUAUUAUUAUUUUAAUUUUUGCAUAUAUCGUAAAUGGCAAUGAACUUGAAUUUUGCGAAGUAUCUGAUAAAUAUGCCGAAAAUUCGGAAAAGUGUUCUGUUAGAAACAACUUUGCGCAAAAACGUUACAUCCUUUACGAUAUAAAUCCUCCAGAAGGUUUCAACCUGAGAAGAGAUGUGUAUGUUCGUCUUGCUGUUUUUCUUAAAAGAUUAAUUGAAAGAGACAAAGAAUAUCAGUGGCAAUUAGUUUUACCACCAUGGGGUAAUUUAUAUCAUUGGCAACGUCAGAAUACAGAAUUUCAAAAGUAUAUAUUCUGGAAUACUUUUUUUGAUAUAACAAGUCUGCAACGAUAUAUACCAGUUAUUGAAAUGUAUAAAUUUCUGGAAGAGUAUUCAUCUGGAAACAAAGAAAUACAACUCGAUUGUGUGUAUAUUUUGCAAAAUGAUGAAGAAAUGUUCAAAACUGGUAAAUUUGAAGAUAAGAAUGAAAUAGUAGACUGUUCUCAAGAUUUUUUGCAGAACUAUAAAUCAAAACAAUACAUAUACACUAGUCCUUUUUGGGGCUACAGUAAUAUUACAACUCAAAAUGUAAAAUGUCUCAAGUUUCAUGGCACAGCAUCUUAUCUUUAUCAAAAUCUCAAACCGACCAAAUAUAGAUCUAUAAUGUUUGAUCAUAUGGAGAUUGCCUUGCAUGAUGAAUAUGGCUCUAAAGAAUACUGGAAGGCCAGACGCAGCAUGCGAUAUAAUUCCGAAUUGUAUAAUAUUGCGAAAAAUUAUAGAAAAUCUUUUUUGAAUUCCACAGAUGAAAAUGAUAACACAGAUCGACCUGCAGAUUGGACUAAAGAAAAGAGUCGGCGAAAUGCAAAGGGCGGUCCAUAUUUAGCAGUCCAUCUUAGAAGACGUGAUUUUAUCGUAGGCCAUAAAAAGUCAGUACCGAAUAUAAAGAAUGCUGCUUCUCAAUUGCAAGAAAAAAUGGAUAAGCUUGGACUAACUGUGUUGUUUGUUGCGACAGAUGGAGAACAACAUGAAUUUGAAGAACUUAAGUCAUAUUUGCCUCAAUACAAAGUCUUGAAAUUUGUACCGUCUGAUUAUGUGAUCAGUAAAUUUAAAGAUGGUGGAAUUGCCAUUAUUGAUCAGAUAAUUUGUUCAUAUGCCAGAUAUUUCAUAGGGACACAUCAAUCAACGUUUACAUAUAGAAUACAAGAAGAUAGAGAGAUUAUUGGUUUUUUACCAGAAACUACAUUCAAUCGUUUAUGUAAGACUAAUAAGAAAUGCCCAACAACAGACCAAUGGCAGAUUGUUUGGUGAAAUGUUAAUAUAUAAUUUAAAGUUUUUUUUGUACAUACAAUGAAAUUCAUGACAGUUUUCUAUUUUACUAUGUAUAUAUAGUCU